AAGACAAAGAUAUUUCAAAGCCUCCGAGAUGUGUUACAAUUUUAAGCAUUGCAUCUAUAGUAGAGAUGAAUCGCGGGUCCUUUUUUUUUUUUUUAGCAGCAAUUACUAAUACAUCGUAAUAAAAGUAAAUAAGUUUUGUUUUUGGAGUCUUACCCUUGCAGCAGGAGACCAGGGAGUGCUGCUGCUGUAUUGUUGAUUUCGAGCUGACAUCUUUGCUCUCUCCUCUGUUGGGUUAAAUAACAUAGCGAGCUACUGAAGCUAGCUGCAAGUCAGGGUGAAGAUAAACAAAACGUGUUAUAACACACAGUUUGAGCUUAAUAGACCACUUAUAGCUAUGGCAUCGCAUUCGAUAAGUUAAUAAUCUAUAUUCAGUGAUAAGAGACAUUAUGUCAGCCUUGUUGUUGCUGCACCGUGCCGCGCUGUGCAGAAAAUACAGUAGAGAUUUACUAUGGACUCUCUCAAAGCGAAGUUCUUGUAUAUCAGCAAACAGCGGAAAUGUUAGAAAUGUGCUAUCAAGAUGGGAAAAUAUCAGAAAGAUGCUUUUCAGAAAACAGACCGGACAAGUCUUACAAGUCGGCAACAGAAAAUCAUUCAAUCUUCUCCACAAACCUUUGGGUCCUGGCAUGGAGGGAGUCUACAAAGAGUUAAUCAGGAGCCACCUGCUGAGGAACCCUGUUGGUUUGGCAAAUCUAUUAGGGGCUACAAACUUCUUCAGUACAUCGCAGAACAAACAGGAAAAAAAUAAAAGUAAUGAACCGAAGGGAAAAACUCCAGAAGAAGAUGAAGAGGAGAAGAAACGACGUGAGCAGGAUGACCAGAUGUACCGGGAGCGUCUUCGGGCCCUCUUCAUCAUUGCACUUAUCAUGAGCCUGAUGAACUCCAUUAAUACCAGCGGUGGCAACAUCUCCUGGAAUGACUUUGUCAAUGAGAUGCUGGCCAAGGGAGAGGUGUCCCGUGUGCAAGUUGUCCCCGAGAGUGACAUUGUAGAAAUUUAUCUUCAUCCUGGAGCAAUUAUCUUUGGGAGGCCUAGGUUGGCACUCAUGUACAGAAUGCAGGUUGCAAACAUAGACAAGUUUGAGGAGAAGCUCAGAGCUGCUGAAGAGGAACUGAAUAUUGACACUAAGGACAGGAUACCGGUGUCCUACAAACGCACUGGAUUCUUUGCAAAUGCAGUCUAUGCUCUGGGGAUGGCUGCAGUGGGCGUGGCUAUUCUCUGGUAUAUCUUUCGACUGGCAGGCAUGGGUGGCCGAGAGGGGGGCUUCAGUGCUUUUAAUCAGCUGAAGAUGGCCAAGUUCACUAUUGUGGACGGCAAGUCAGGUAAAGGUGUGAGUUUCAAAGAUGUAGCAGGCAUGCACGAGGCUAAGAUGGAAGUGAAGGAAUUUGUGGACUACCUUAAGAAUCCAGAACGAUACCUCCAGCUGGGAGCCAAAGUUCCCAAAGGUUCCCUGCUGCUUGGGCCUCCAGGCUGUGGGAAGACCCUGCUGGCUAAAGCUGUAGCCACAGAGGCUCAGGUGCCCUUUCUGGCUAUGGCAGGCUCUGAGUUUGUGGAGGUCAUUGGAGGCCUCGGUGCUGCUAGAGUCAGGAGUCUGUUCAAGGAGGCUCGAAGCCGAGCUCCCUGCAUCGUCUACAUCGAUGAGAUUGAUGCCGUAGGAAAGAAGCGCUCCAACAACAUGUCAGGUUUCUCGAAUACAGAAGAGGAGCAGACCCUCAACCAGCUGCUGGUAGAGAUGGAUGGAAUGGGAACGACAGACCACGUCAUUGUGCUUGCUUCCACUAACAGGGCAGAUAUCUUGGACAAUGCACUUAUGAGACCUGGCAGACUGGACAGGCACAUCUUCAUAGACCUGCCCACACUGCAGGAGAGGAAGGAGAUCUUUGAGCAACAUUUAAAGAUCUUGAAACUGACCCAGCCAGCAGUCGUCUACUCUCUGCGUCUGGCCGAGCUCACACCUGGCUUCAGUGGUGCAGACAUUGCCAACAUUUGUAAUGAAGCCGCCUUGCAUGCUGCCAGAGAGGGCCACAAGUCAAUCGACACUUUUAACUUUGAGUAUGCAGUGGAGAGAGUCAUAGCAGGAAGUGUAAAGAAGAAUAAGAUCCUGUCCAAAGAGGAGCAGCGGGUGGUUGCCUUCCAUGAGUCUGGACAUGCCAUAGUGGGAUGGCUGCUUGAGCACACAGAGGCAGUCAUGAAGGUGUCAAUUGCCCCACGGACUAAUGCAGCCCUGGGAUUUGCCCAGAUCUUACCUCGGGACCAGUUCCUGUUCACCAAGGAGCAGCUGUUUGAGAGGAUGUGUAUGGCUCUAGGAGGGAGAACUGCUGAGGCUAUCACCUUCAACAAGGUUACAACAGGAGCUCAAGAUGACUUGCGUAAGGUGACACGUGUGGCCUACUCCAUGGUGAAGCAGUACGGCAUGAGUGAUAGUGUUGGCCAGGUGUCGUUCCCGGAAACAGAGGAGCAAGGUGCCAUUGGACGUCGUCCUUUCAGCCAGGGCCUGCAGCAGCAGAUGGAUCACGAGGCUAAGAUUUUGAUAGCUCGUGCUUACAGACACACAGAAAAGCUGCUGCUUGACAACAGAGACAAGCUUACUUUGUUGGCAAACGCACUGUUAGAGCGUGAGGUGGUGAACUACGAGGACAUCGAAGCCCUGCUUGGUCCGCCACCACAUGGGCCCAAGAAAAUGAUCGUCCCACAGAGCUGGCUGGAGGCUGAGAGGGACAAACAGGACACAGGAGAAGACGAACCUCCACCACCUCCCCGCAAACACACAGACGAAGACAUGGAUCCACAGAUGGUCUGAGAGUAGAACGCAGGUCUCGUAGUUAUUUCACAAAUGCUGCAUUUUGCUGCGAUUAUUAGGGGCUGGAUGAAUGUGGCUUUAAUUCUUCCUUUAAAGCUUUAUAUAUACCUGAAAGCAAAACCAUUAAAGUUAGUACAUGCAGACUUUUGUGCAAAACAGCUGACCCAUUAAGAUGAUCUGAAACGGGCUAGAACAAGCCAGUUUGGCUCUAUUAUUCCGUAAAAGCACUAAAUAUCCUACGGUGCAGAUAAUAUAGAAAAGCUCACUGAUCGACUCUUACUGUAUGUGCAACCAAUAAUAAUAUGCUACAUGACAGAAUUCCCAAACACUGUGUGCUGGUGUGGAGUCAUUUAAAUGCAGACAUAUACCAGGCGUGUACCGUAAACGUUUGGACUUGAAUAUUUCAUGUAUUCACUUCUGCACAUAAUGACAUAGCAGAACUGCUAACAAAGUGCAAACCAAAUGAUUCUCUAGUCCACUUUGUCAGAGAUGACGUGAUUUGUAUACAAUAUAUUUGAAAUCAUUUAGAAGGUUUGCUUCGACACAAACAUGUGAAUUUAGCAUUAGUGUCUCUGGUACUUGAGUUAGCUGCAGUAGAGACUGCGGUAAAGUACAGGUUGUUGUAGGUUGCUGUGGACGUUCAUAGUGAGCAGUGUGCAUUUGAAUCGGGUCAAAAACAAAAGGUCUUCAAUAAUUGGAAUGCCUUGUUAAUGAGGAACAUUUCCACAUUUUUGGAAUACCCCUUUAAGGCUGAAGCCCCCGACAUGUUGAUGAUAAGUUAUUAUUCUGCUGCCAGAAAUACAGAUGGAGUCUAUGGAACAGGUUUAUGUGGACUUUCCUUUGUUUUGGUUGAAUUGCUACAAAUUGAUGUGACGUCCCAAAGGACAGUGUUGCUUCAUAUGAAAAUAAAGUUUUAUUUACAUAA